AUGCCCACAGAAGCAGUGUACCUGCAUGACGCAUCUCUGAGGACGCUGACAACCGAGGUUGUAUCCUACCAGCCAAUUGCUUCCCUCUCCGAAGAUGACCAAAGCCUUGCCAAGAAUGUCGACCCGGAGUAUGCAGCUAUGACGACCCGCCAGACAAUUCUGUAUGCGCAAGGAGGCGGUCAGCCAAGCGACACCGGCACCAUCGGCGCUGUAGACCAGGAGCCUGGGUUCACUGUAUCUCUUGUCCGCAAAGCUCCUGAUGGGAGGAUCCUUCAUUUCGGAAAGUCCGUGGCAAGUAACACUGCUUUCACCGAAGGCCAGGCUGUCGUGCAAAAAGUCGACAGUGCUAAACGCGAUUACCACUCCCGGCUUCACACCGGAGGCCAUAUCCUUGGGGUGGCAAUGGAGGUUCUUAUGCCGGAGAUGAAAGAGGUCAAGGCCAACCACUUCCCGAAAGAAGCGUCUCUGGAGUAUGAGGGUUUACUCUAUAAUGACAGCAAGCCUUUAUUGCAGGCUAAAGUGGAUGAGUUGGUGCAGAAGGAUCUGCCGGUCCUCAUCUCCUGGCUGGAACCUGGCACACAGGUUGACGAGCGCGCGAAGGUGGGCGAUGGCCCUGUUCGUAUUGUUAGCAUCGGCGGUCUUGAUCAUAACCCUUGUGGAGGCACCCAUGUCGAAACCAGUGGUCAAGUGGGGUCUGUGACGAUCCGCAAGAUCAGUCGGCAAAAGGGGAUCACGCGAAUAUCUUACGAUGUGCCCGCAGCACUAUAG